ACAGGGGGACCCCCGGGGCAGGACCCAUGAGGAGUCAUAGAAGAUGCUCGCAGCCUGGGCACCUCUGCUCCUCUUAGCCAUGUGGGUGAGAUGUACCUCCGCUGGGCCGCUCUCCUUCAGAAUAGCCGCCAUACUUGACGACCCAAUGGAGUGCAGCCGGGGAGAGAGAUUGGCCAUCACUCUGGCGAAGGACAGCAUCAACCGGUCCAGUAACCGUUCCACAACAGGCAAGCUGGAGGUGGACAUCUUUGAGCUGCUGAGAGACAGUGAAUAUGAGAUGGGAGAGACCAUGUGCCAGAUCCUGUCCAAAGGAGUGGUGGGAGUCCUGGGUCCCUCCGCCAGCCCUGCUUCCAAUUCCAUCAUCAGCAAUAUCUGUGGAGAGAAAGAGGUCCCUAUGUGAAAGUCCCCCUGAGACAUUCUGAAGGUUCAGUUCCCCCGCUUCACCACCCUGGACCUGCGCCCCACCAACACAGACAUCAGCCUGGCCGUGGCUGGCCUGCUCACCUUUUUCAACAGCACCACAGCCUGCCUCAUCUGUGCACAGGCCGACUGCUUAUUAAAUCUGGAGAGACUGCUACGCCAGUUCCUCAUCUCCAAGGAGACACUAUCGGUUCGCAUGCUGGAUGACAGCCAGGAUCCCACACCCCUUCUCAAGGAGAUCCGCGAUGAUAAGACUGCCACAAUCAUUGUGGAUGCUAACGCAACAAUGUCCCACAUAAUUUUGGAAAGGGCAUCGGAGCUGGGCAUGCUGUCCGUCUACUACACCUACAUCUUCACCUCGCUGGAAUUCUCUCUGCUGCGAUUGGACGACGUGCCCAGUGAGCGGGUGAACAUUCUGGGCUUUUCCGUCUUCAACCGAACACAUCCAUUUUUCCAGGAUUUCCUCCUCAGCCUCAACCGUUCCUGGCAGGAAAACUGUGACCACGCCCCCUUCGCCGGCACACCGCUCUCGUCGGCGCUGCUGUUUGACGCAGUGCACGCGGUGGUGGCGGCGGUCCAGGAGCUCAACCGUAGCCAGAACGUGGGCGCCACGCAGCUCUCCUGCAAGUCCUCCAAGAUCUGGGAGCAUGGCACCAGCCUCAUGAACUACCUGAGGAUGGUAGAAUUGGAAGGACUAACGGGCCACAUUGAAUUCAACAGCAAAGGCCAGCGGUCCAACUACGCCCUACGGAUCAUGCAGAACAGUAGAGACGGCCUAAGGCAGAUUGGCCAGUGGCACUCAGAGCAGGGCCUGUCCAUGGAGAGGAAGCUUCCAUCAAUCAACGUGACCGACACUCUCUUCAACACCACCCUCACUAUCACCACUAUUCUGGAGAACCCUUACGUGAUGCUGCGACCGAACCACCAGGAGAUGGAAGGGAACGAGCGCUAUGAGGGCUUCUGUGUGGACAUGCUGAAGGAGCUGGCGGACAUCUUGAAGUUCAAGUACUGUAUCAAUCUGGUGGGGGACGGGGUGUACGGGGUAUCGGGGACCAACGGUACCUGGACGGGCAUGGUGGGAGAGCUCAUCUCAAGGAAAGCGGACCUUGCCGUAGCGGGGCUCACCAUCACCGCAGAGAGGGAGAAGGUUAUCGAUUUCUCCAAGCCUUUUAUGACUCUGGGAAUCAGCAUCAUGUACCGUGUGCACUUGGGGCGCAGACCUGGCUACUUCUCCUUCCUAGACCCUUUCUCUCCCGGGGUGUGGCUCUUCAUGCUGCUAGCCUACCUGGCAGUCAGCUGUGUGCUCUUUCUGGUCGCCAGACUCACCCCCUACGAGUGGUACAAUCCCCACCCCUGCCUGAAGGGGCGCUGUAACCUCCUCAUCAACCAAUACUCGCUGGGCAACAGUUUCUGGUUCCCCGUGGGGGGGUUCAUGCAGCAGGGGUCCACCAUCGCCCCCCGCGCMCUCUCCACGCGCUGCGUCAGUGGAGUAUGGUGGGGCGUCACCCUGAACAUUCGUUUUCCCCCUAUCCACGGCCAACUGGCGCUUCUCCUGUCCAGAGGAAUGGAGGUGCCCAUUGUAGUAGUGACCGACCUGGCUGACCAGACGGCCAUCGAGUACGGCACCAUGCACGGGGGCUCCACCAUGACCUUCUUCCAGAACUCGCGCUACCAGACGUACCAGCGCAUGUGGAACUUCAUGCACUCCAAGCAGCCCAGUGUGUUUGUGAAGAGCACGGAGGAGGGCAUCGCCCGCGUGGUCAACUCCAACUACGCCUACCUGCUGGAGAGCACCAUGAACGAGUACUACCGGCAGCGCAACUGUAACCUCACCCAGAUAGGAGGUCUGCUGGACACCAAGGGCUACGGCAUCGGCAUGCCAGUGGGGUCAGUGUACCGGGAUGAGUUUGACCUUGCCAUCCUCAAGCUGCAAGAAGACAACCGUCUAGAGAUCUUGAAGAGGAAAUGGUGGGAUGGUGGCAAGUGUCCAAAGGAGGAGGAUCACCGUGCCAAAGGACUAGGCAUGGAAAACAUAGGCGGUAUCUUCGUGGUGCUGGUGUGCGGUCUCCUGGUGGCUAUCUUUAUGGCGGUGCUGGAGUUUAUGUGGUUUCUGCGGCAGACGCCCGGAACAGAGCUGUCGGUGUGUGAGGAGAUGCUACGGGAGCUCCAGGGGAUCGUCCUGUGCCGGGACAGCCUACAGCUGAGGCGUCGGCGGGGGACGACCAUGCUCCGUCCUCGCCCCCUACCCCUGGAGGAGCGCCGAGCGCGGGCUGCUGCUGUCAGCCUGAGCAAUGGCAAACUGUGUGGCGCUGCCGCCGGCCUGCCCCUCUCUGAGCCCUUCUCCCACAGACUGGCGCAGGAGGCAGCUCUGGUGGCUCGGGGCUGCAGCCACAUCCGCAUCUGCCCCGAGUGCCGGCGCUUCCAGGGGCUGCGUGGCGUGCGUCCCGGGGGCGGCCCCAGCCACGGAGCCUCGCCCACCCACAGCGAGGAGAGCAUAGAGUGGGAGAAAACGACCAACAGUAGCGAACCCGAAUAACAAGGAAGCACCCCCUUGACCUAGACAACCCCUUUACCUACCUAGACCACCACACACCCACUGUACUACUGUAGCCAGUAGGCACCCCUCCACAGGGGCAACAGGGAGCAUCAUGGGAAGGUCAUGUGGUACUGUGACAGGAGCUGCUUUGGUCCUGGUGCGUUUGAUUUUGGAGGACAGCGGCUGGGGCUUUGGAUAUGGAUGUGGAGCACGUCCCCCAUGGAAGGGAUCUUUGAGCUCUGGAAUGAUGCUCUGGGCUUAGAGAUGGAACUGCCGAUGGACAUGUCCAUAGAGACUACCAGAGGAAGUCCGUGAGAGGGGACACGAACUCUCUGUAUGGGCUGUCUGUCUCGAAGGCCCUAUGCCCUGUCUAGGAUGUGAAGGACACAGGUUAUGGGGCAUUUGUACUAUGCAGUAUUUUCUGUCACUCAUUGUGCUAAUUGUUGAUCUGUUUUUAAAUUAUUUCUCCUUUUGCUGUGUUCUUGAUAUUGAUCAUAUUGUUACCAUUCUAUUGUUCUCUGAGACGAUUCGAUGUUUUCUUUUCCCGAGUGUGUACAUUAUUGCCUUUUCAGAGCUACAAACAGAGAACACAUAGAAAAAGACUUCCAAUGCAGCAUCAUUCUUUGAAUACAUUUUUUUUGUGUGAAAGUGCCAAAAAAAAAGCUGAUCUUGAACGACGGGCAUCGCGGCCUUGAGACAACGACGACAAAGAGAACCGAAGACAAAAACAAACACAAUGACUUGUUUUAUAAUAGUGACUAUAUUCUAUACAAAAAUAUGUUUGAGAUGUAUUUCUGAAAGACAGCAACGCAUGUCCGCAGGUGUGAUGCUGAUGAUUGGAGGGGAGAAUGAGUUUCCCGUUCAAACAAUUUACCCAGAGACACAAAGAACCCCAAUGUAAUCAGAAAUAGUCAUCAUUCAUUCCCUUUGCUCAUGUGUGGGACCUGUCUCUUGAUAUUGCCCCCAGAUCCCGGGUCAUAAACAACACUAGAUACCACAACAUAUCACCAUUUUGAGUUUCUUCCCAUUGCCCACUGUGGUAUACCGUCUCAUAUGAAUCCCAUAUACUGUAAGUGAUUGGUAUUGGUUCACUAUUCCCAAUUUGUGCUCUCUAUUCCAUCUGUUCCACACUCUCUCGUCUUCGUGCUGCACUAUUGCCUUGACAUGACCCAGACCCACUCUCUGCGGCGUGCACUAUACACUCAUGCACGCUCGCAGAUAUGCACACACUCACACAUGCAGGCACAAAGGCAUGCGCGCACACACACAGACAGUACAUACACAGUACACACAGGCAAUGCAGAUAGUCACACUGCAGAGGUAGUCAUACUCAGAUGGUGGCAUUGGGGAAGAAUUCAACACAUUCCAGAACAAAUUAAAACUGAACGCUCCCAGUAAAUGUUUUUACAGGAGUUUUACUAUGAUUUUUAAAGACUCCACCCAAAAUUAAACAUUGUCUUACGCUUUCAUAUGUAUGAGGGGUUUGAAGUCAUUUAUGUGACAUUUUUUCCUGGAUCACCAUCUGUUUUGUAAAUUCUGCAAUAUGCAUUUCAAAAAAUUAUAUGGAGCCAAUUAUUCCCAUUAAUUUAGGGUAGAGGCCUACAGAUUUCCCAUUGCUUACAAAAAUUCACUUUUUGGGUGAGCUGUCCCUCUAACCAUCAACAGAGACCCUCAGUGCAAGAUCUGGGUCGUAUUAAUUAGGCACCAAACUGAACAAAAAGGGGUGAAACGGGCAGGGCCUACUUGAACUUGUCCAAUAAGAAACUUAGCAAAAAUAAAAUGGAAGUGUUUUCCAUCACAUGCCCUAAUGAAUACAACCCUAGUAAUGAAAUCAAGGCCAGGUUUGAUUUGUGGAGCAAAGCUGUACUUUCUCCAUGUGUUCAUUCAAGUUGAUUUAUUCAAUGUACCAUAUCGCAAAUUCAUCGAUGUAGCAUAUAAUGUUACUCAUUUCCUGGAUGUUUUAUAAGUUGCUGGUGGUGUCCUUGAGAUUUGUUGUUUUGACUGUGCUUUUCUACUAAACUGACUAAAAUGAGAGGGACGACAGUGAACAACUGUGGCCUGUCUGUCWACAUUAGGCUUUGAUGGAUCCGUCUCCUUGACAAUGCCCAAGGGGUGUGCCACUCGUAUAUCAAGAGUGCCUGAAACCAGGCCAUCUUGACAAAGUAUUCAAUUGGAGGCAUCCAGGUAUGUCAGGUUCAUUUGUAUUUGUCACAUCCAAUCUAAAAAUCUGGAUGGACUCUUUCAGCAUUUGAAUUCAAUCCACUAUUUAGUUGAUUUCAUUCAUCUCUAAAAUUGCUUUUCAAGGCAUCUAUACAACGCGCCAGUCAAACAUUCCCAUUCCCCAUAGUAUAUGCGUUCUCCUGCCUUAGUGUAGGCGGCUGAAAGACCUAGGUCAUACAUUUUUACAAUGAUGAUAAUGAAACGGCUAAGCAGAUCGCUUAGGUUGGGUCAAUGAGGGUCUGAGACUGGAGAAAGAACUGUUGUCUAUUUUCAUGCCUUCAUCUAUAUCCCUUGAGCCAGCAGGCCACAAAUGCAAAAGAUCUCUUUAGAACAGUGGUAUUCAAACUUUUUCAGCGGGGAAUCAAUUUUUUUCCGCCAGAAUGUCUGGGGACCUCAUUUUUUCCCUCAAUAAUUUCUCGCGACCCAACCUCAAAUCUAAUGACACAACCUUAAAAUCUGUACAUUUAGA